AUUGAGAAACUGAAGCAGGAGCUGAUUGAUUUGAAACAGCAAGUGCAAGAAGAGAAGAAGCAGCUGGCAGACUAUUAUGCACAACAAAUAAAGGAACUGGAAGAGAAAUUUCAGAAAAAAGUCGGAGAAAUUGGCCAAAUUCAAUUAGAACUGAAAUUAAUAAAGGAGUUCCACAGGGAGAAAGCAGCUCUGGAGAAAGAGCUGGAAGAUUUAAAAGAGAGUAUGGAGAUUUCAAACAGGAGACAUCAGGAAGUGGUUAUGAGAUUGGAGAGGAGGUUUGGUGAAGAAAAGGUAAAGACUGACAGGCAGUUAAAGAAACUUUUAUUAGAAAAAAAUGAAGCAAAGCUAUGAAAACUUGGUACAGACCCGCAGCUGGACAGCACUGGGGGAGAGGUGUUUAAGGAGAAUAUUCGUCUUCACAGUGCAUUUGCUUACCAGCUGAGAGAGACAAUGGAAUUGCAGAAAAUCAAACAGAAGUUAGAAGAGGACAAAACUCUUCUGUUAAAGGAGAAGGAAACCAAUGAGGGUUUGAUUCAAAAAAAGAUCCUACAGAUCAGUUGCCAGAAAGCACAGAUUAGAGAUCUGCAGCGCAAAGUGGAAAAGCUGAAGAUGGCCGUAUGUCGCAUGACCAGAGAAUCCAUGAGAGAGACUCAGAAAACACAGCAUCAGGUGCUGAUAGAAAACCAGGCAAGCAUGGUGGAGAUCAAGAAACUGCAGCAACUACUAGAAAUGAAGGAUCGGGAGAUGAACCGAGUGAAGAAACUAGCCCGGAAUAUCUUAAAUGAGAGGACUGAGGUGGAAAGGUUCUUCCUAGAUGCUCUGGAACAUGUGAAGCAGGAGAUCAUAUCCAGUAGAAAGCACUAUAAGAAAAAGGCCCAAACUGCCUAUUACAGAAAGAUGAUGGAGGCAUGUGCAGGGAAGGAAGAAUUUCCCAAAAUCAAAACAUUCAAAAGCAACAAAAAUAGCACAAAUAGUGUGUACAGAGACCUAGAGGAAGCAGAGAAAUGCUACUGGGAAAAAAUCCAGUUUGAAAAAGUGGAUAUCAGUGAGUUGACAUGGGAACAAAAAGAACGUGUUCUGCGAUUGCUUUUUGCCAAAAUGAAUGGCACAAAUCCAUGGAAAUACACCAGAGUUUUGGCUACUUCAGCUCCAGCUCCUGACGAUACUAAAGAAAAAAGCAAAAUUCGCACAGAAAAUACUUCUCCCAACCUAAUAUUCAUUACACAGCAGGCCGAAUUAUCAGAUUCAUCAUCUUCUGCAGUAAUCCUUCUGCAUAUUUAG